CUUGCAUUUCAUGGUUUUGGCCACCAACCUUCGCUAUCCUGUCAGUAGUGCGGGAUUUUGAAGGCUUUGCCUAUCAUACGGAGUGCCAUUAGGUGCCACGAACGAUUUCACUUUUCAGCUUUGUUUAGAUCUGUUGCUCGAGUUGAUUAGAAAACUAGGCUCAAUCUUCUAAAUUUAUCAUUGCCACAAUGUCGUCUCCCCCACCUUUCCCCUCUGACGAUGAGAAGGAUGUACAAGCUGAGAAAGCUGAAGAGCCGGAGGAGCUCUUCUCUAUACCCGCAGAGGCCGUUGAUGAGCCACCAGCAAAGGAUAUGCAGAACAUUGAUUUGAAUGCUGGCGGCGAGAAAGCCCAGGAGACCACUUCUGCAGCCGCCCCAGCAGCGGACGAUGACGACGACGGCGAUUUGUUUGCUGACGCCUCUCCUCCGGCAGAAAAAGCUGCUGAGGUGGAGAAGCCCGAGCCUGUGUCUCCCUCUUCCACGGCCACCGCUCCAGACGAGGCCGAGGAAACACUGCAAGCGUCUGUACCGGACCCUGCUGACGCCGAUGCCCAACCUGCCGCAGCCACAGCCGCAGAUGCUGAGGCGGAGGAGGAGACGGACAGCUUCUCUAUCAACAUCAAUGUGUCUGAUCCGGAGAAAAUUGGCGAUGGUAUGGGUGCUUACAUGACCUACCAAGUCUCCACCAAGACCAAUCUUCCUCACUUCAAAUCGUCGUCCACGACCGUUCGCAGGCGAUUCAGCGACUUCUUAUCAUUGCAGUCACGUCUGCAGGAAGCUCACCUGAAGCUGGGCCGUAUCAUUCCGUCCGCUCCAGAGAAGAGCGUUGUCGGUAUGGCAAAGACGAAGUUCUCCAAGGAGGAACAGGCCAAGGGCGGUGCGUCACAGGACUUCAUUGAACGGCGGAGAGCUGCACUGGAGCGAUACCUGAACCGCACGGCAACGCACCCCGUACUACGCAAGGACGACAUCUUCGUGGACUUCCUGCAGUCCCAGGACGAGCUUCCCAAGGCGGCAGACACAUCGGCUCUGAGUGGAGCUGGCAUGAUGAGACUAUUCAAGGGCGUGGGCGACGCUUUCGUCAAGAUGACCUCCAAAAAGACGGAGACGGAUAGGUGGUUCGAGGAGAAGGUUGCCCAGUACAUUGCGCUGGAGGAGACGUUGAAGAAGCUCCACAUAUCCAUCGAGUCCCUCGUUGUCCACCGACGAGACCUCUGCUCAUCCACUGCCACAUUUGCCAAGUCUUCGGCAAUCCUGGGCAACACUGAGGAGCACACGUCACUCUCGCGUGUUCUCUCACAGCUAGCUGACGUAGAAGAGAAGAUCGAGCAGGUGCAUCUGCAGCAGGUGGAGAAUGACUUCUUCAUUUUUGGCGAGCUUAUCAAGGACUACAUUGGACUAAUGGGUCCAUUGAAGGCAUGCUUUUCUCAGCGUGAAAAGGCUUACCAGGCUUGGCAAAUAGCACAGACUAAUCUCAUCAAGAAGCGCGAGCAGGAAGGCAAGCUGCAGGCAGCCGGUAACACUGAGAAGGUCAAGCUCUGUCAGGAGGAGAUUGUACAGAUGGAGACACGCGUCGAGAAGGGAGAGGAGGAAUUCAACAACAUCUCCAAGGUGAUGCGCGCGGAAAUCGAGCGGUUCGAGGGCCAGAGAAAGAAGGACUUCAAGGCCAGUAUCCUACGCUACAUGGAGAAGAUGAUGCGUAACCAAGAGCAGCUGAUCAAGUACUGGGAAGCUUUCUUACCGGAGGCUAAGUCCAUUGCAUAGUUCCAUCAACCGGUGCUGCAGCUCGCUCAUGUUCUGCUAGUCUGACAUUCGGUGGGUGGGUGCCCGCACGCACGCACGCCCACCAGGGACUUGUGGUGCUGACUAAAUGCUAUUUUUGCCUCGUUUGCUAGGAGAAAGAUAUUAUGAAGAAAUUUGUCAAUUAGCUUGUGUGCUAUCCAUUCAACACUACUAGCUUCCAAUGUCAUUUCCAACAGUCUCCCUGUUGGCCUUGUUUUUACCAAAUUCCUCAGUGGAUGCUGAAUGCUAAACUUGUUCCAUUGUGUUUUAAAUACUGAACUGCAAUGGUCGUCUCUUUGUUUUGUUUUCCGGUCCAGUCUUUGUCGGAUUGUUGUUUUGUUGCUGGAUCAAUUAUCCGUUGCGUGCAUCCCAUCUUCUACUUGUUUUGCGUUGUUGUUGUUGUUUGUCCCCUGCCGGCACAAGGCGAUGCGGCUGUGUUUCUGAUUUUUCUCGUUUGUUUUAGUCCGUGGGCUCCCCUGCGCCCUCUAACCCUGACCCGUGCUGACGCGACCCACUCUGUACCCCCAUUGCUCUCUCUCUCUCUCUCUCUCUCUCUCUCUCUCUCUCUCUCUCUCUCUCUCGUAGACACGCGCUUAAAUUGCAUUAAUUUCAGUGUGUUUUUUCUCUCUCAAUUCUCAAGACCAUCCCUACGUUCCCCUGGCUGGGAAUUCCUUGCCCACAAAUCCAGUAUCAGCGAAUGUACUAUUUUUUUAUGAUUGUGUGUAUGUUUUGCUCAAUAUGUUGCAAUGUAAUCUUACUCCUGGAAUGAAGCACUUCUCCAUUUGUAGGUAAUUGUUUCGCUUCGUUAAUGCAAUGUAACUGCUGA